AACAGUCUCGAUCGAGAAAAAGACGAGAAAAGACGACGCGUUGCUGUUUCGCGAAUAGAUAAUAAUUUGUUUAUUAAAAAAAAAAAAAAGAAAUAACAAAACCACACACCUUUUCAAGUCUUAAAAAAUUAAUGAGAAAUAAAAGAAACACAACUUAUGUGUGCAAGAUAGUUAAAAGCAAAAGGCAGUUAAAAUAUCUUAUAAGAAGUGAUCGUGUGUGAGUGUGUGUGUGAGUGAGUGUGUGUGUGUAUUACUAAUAAGUUGCAAGUGUAUAUAUAUAGUACACCUGUUGAAAACCAAGAUUGCCAUGCUGCGGCAUUCAGUGCUAUAGAAAGGCCGUUUCAUUUCUACCUAUACAUAUAUCCACACUUUUCGACGAUUGUCAAUUCAAAACAGUAUGCCAUAUAUCCCCAAUAAGAAGACGGCAAUAUGAUUAGCAGCAGUAAAAUGAACAGCAAUACAUCGCUGGAUAAUACAUCCGAUCAAGACUAUACGGAAUUCCUUAACGAAUAUUUACUGCAAACGAAUUCUACCAGCAAUGAGCCGGAAAUACAUUAUGAAGAUGGAGAGAUGGAGGCCGAAUGGCUGGUUGCCGCCGGAUAUCCAGAAUUAACCAAGCCUUUUGAGCAAGGAUUUGAGCUGCGUGCAACUGAUCUGGAACCUGUGCUGGCUACACUAUCGAAACCCCAUGCCGAAGUAAUCAAGCAUCGUGUACGAGCUCUCAAUCAAACAGUCAGAGGACGCACAAAGAGUCGAUUCAAGCGCAAACCAGAUAUACGCGAUGUCUUUCGAGAUUUUGAUGAAUCAAGCACGGGAACACGUUCGCGAAGUGCUACGCCAGAUUCCUUGGAUUCCAUACACGGAGACGAAGUUUGGGGCAAUGCUUCUAUACCCAGCUUUGUCAGCAUUUUUGAUAACAGCAACGGCAAUGAUAAUGCUGGUGCACACACCACGCUUGGAAAGCAUUUAAAACAAAAACUUCGUAGGACACCUAGCGCGCCAUUAAAGAGUUCCACAUCAACGGACAUAUUUCGGGGAUCGCAUGUACGUUGCGAUCUGCCCAUGUAUUCGGCCGAUGGGAUUGAACUUCUUGGAUUUUCGCGAAUUGGUACUCUACAUGCACCGCGCAAUCGUUCUGGUUCAGAUCCAUCCUGUUCCGUUGGACGCGCACGAGGACAGAUGAUGCAGGACUCGCAAAGUGAAAAUAAUACUUCAUCCAGCGACUCUAGUGACGAAUGUCUUUCAAAUUCAGCUCACACCUCUGGAUCGCCCGAAAAGAUACUUAACAAAAUGCAUAUAGACUCUCAAUCGCAGAGUCUUCAAAACUCUCCUCUGUCACGCGAUGGUGUUAGCUUUGAAAGUAUGUGUCGUGAGACGACAUCUAGUCAGAAUGGCGUGGACACACUGGAUGGUGGCGAUAUUUCGCUCAUGUGUUUGUCCGACAUUGAUACAAUUAACGAAACCGAUUUGAAACGUCUACAGCCAAUUUUCUGGCUUGAGCUGGCCACGAUCUUUGAUCGCAAUCAAGUGUCACUGGACAAACGAAAACCUUUUAAACGUCGCCGCAAGGAAGAGGGUAGUCUAUUUGGUGUAUCUCUAAAUGCACUCAUACGUCGAGAUCAGCAGGUAACCGGAAAAGAUUCCACGUUAGUCCCACGGUUUCUUGAGGAGCUGCUUGCCGAAUUGAUGAAACGCGGUGCCAGAGAAGAGGGAAUCUUACGUGUUGCUGGGCACAAACAAAAGACUGAAAUACUUUACAACGAAUUAGAAUCAAGCUUUUAUCAAAAGCCAGAGAAGGUGGCACAUCUUCUCGGAACUGCAACAGUUCAUGAGCUCAGCGCACUGCUUAAGCGCUGGCUACGUGAACUUCCUCAACCAUUGCUUACGAAUGAACUAAUACAGCUUUUCUAUCAAUGCCACAAGCUUCCGGCUGCAGAUCAAACACGCGCCUUGUCGAUUGUAUGUCAAAUGCUGCCGCACGAAAAUCGAAACACCUUGCGUUCCCUUCUGCGAUUUCUCAAUUAUAUAAUUGACUUGAAAGACAUAAAUAAGAUGAAUUUGCAUAAUGUAUCCACAAUAAUUGCCCCAUCAUUCUUCCCACCGCGAUAUAUACAUCCAAUGGAUAAGAAUAGUAUUGAGGAGCAGGUGAAAAUGGCAGCGCAAUGCUGUCGCUUGACUAACAUGCUAAUAUCUCGUGGCGAGAAUCUUUUUCUGGUACCGAAUAAUUUCAUUAAGGAAUCGCGUUUCAAUAAGGCACGAAUGGGAAAACGAGGAUUGAACCGACGUCACAAUCCAAUACCAAUAUCAAUACCAUCAUUAGUCUAUCCAGUACCGACAAAUCCGAAUGCGAAUGAGAAUCCCAGUAAGCGUGAUGCCCCAAACAAUGAUACCGGAGUAAAUUGUGAGCAACAACAGUCCAUAAACCCAAGUCAUGUGCAUCGUUUUGUUAUCUAAGAUAUAUAAAAGCCGAAUGCGUUACCUGUUCGAAUUCGGAUUGUAAUUGGUGCCUAUUAUUUUUGAAUUUAAUUAUAUAUCUUUAAGUUUAUAUUAAUAUUAGUUCCGUUCCAAAAAGAAAGCACACAUUUGAAAAAGCUUUAGUUAAAAAUAUUACAAAAAACAAAAAAAAAAAAAGAAGAAAUCGUGUUUAACAUAUUCCUAAGAGUAGGAUUGUUUCGUUAAAGGUGCAUAUUGAAUGAAAAUGAAAACACACAAAUCAAAAGUCAAAAUUUUUUUUGUUAUAUUUAGGUUUACUUACUGGUUUUAACGUUAAUAUUUUUUUAUAUUGAAAAUUGAAAUUUGGAUCACAAAUAAAGAGAGACAUACAAUUAAAACUAA